AUGUCACAGUCUAUACUACUCAAGAAUGGAAUGCUUCUACUUCAUAAGCCAGGAGACGUGGUUUCUCCAGUCAAGGCAGAUCCUUUGAUUGUGCAGGAUAGAAUAAACAAGGUUGGAGAAGUUCUUGAUGCGCCUUACGAAGACACCAAGGUUGUUGAUUGCUCUAAGAAGAUUAUCUCGCCGGGAUUCUUGAAGGGACGGCACUCGGAUGAUCCGCUGUUGGACUACUUGCCAACAGAAAAUAUGCAAGGCUAUUUCUACGACCUCGAGGAUGUCUAUUGGGGCCAGCUUGAUGUUGGUAUUACAUACGUGGUGGAUCAUGCUUACAUGAACUAUCCUCCUGAAAGUGGCAUCAAUGGCAUCUCCGCGACAAAGUCCCCUGGCAUCCGAGCCUUCUUCUGCUACUGUGCCACAAGCCGGUUUAUGUCACGGAGCCCUUUGAAGAAAGAUGAUGAGAUUUUCCUACUUGAGUUGGACUGGUUCUCAAUGCCGAAACAGGUUGUAGUUGACCUCUUUAAUAAGGCAAGACGGUGGGGUGUCAAGAAUAUAACGGCGCACUAUACCAAGGGUCCUUAUUCUGCUAAGCAGAUCUUGGAGUCGUAUGGGCUGCUUGGAGCCGAUCUUCUUUCCUCACACUCUAAUGCAGCUGACCACGACGAUGCUUUGCUGCUGAAGCGUCACAAUGCAUACAUAUUGUGCACCCCGAAAAUCGAAAUGCAGAUGGCCAUCGGGGAGCCACUUGCUUUCCAUGAGGACUUUUCGUCCAUUUGUUCCCUCGGAAUUGACUGCCACUCCAACAAUUCCUCCGACAUGAUGACACAGAUGAGGUUGGCGCUUCAAUCCGCGCGGGCUCGCUUCAGCCAGCCUUUUCUUGAUCAGGGGAUAAUUCCGAGGAAGCUCAAAGCGCUUGUUCAAGGCGUCUUCAGCCUGGGCACUAUCCAAGAGAAUGAGAUCGGGUCAAUCGCGACCGGAAAAUUGGCCGAUUUAGUCAUUUUCAAAACCACGAGUCCUUCGAUGGUUUUUGCGGCGCAAGGAAACCCGCUGACGGCCAUCGCCAUGUAUCCUUCUGUCCGUGACUUUGACAUGGUUAUUGUUAACGGUAAGAUCAGGAAAGAGAACGAGUUUUGGUUCCAUGUGGGACGGAUGCAAUCGGCCACGCAUUCUCAGGGCAAUCGCAGAUAG